UCAACCCUCAACGAACCAUAACCAGCUACUCAAAAUAAACCACUCUCAUUUCUGCCAUAUCUAGUAGUUGUUCGUAGGUCUAAGUUAACUUCACUUCAUUUGCGUUUUUAAAUACAUUUUUUUGUAUAAAGCAAAGUCACGUGACGAACCCUGAAUGACGUCAUGAAUAAAUCGAAACUUAAGGCUAGUCUGAAUUGAAGCAACGCGCACGGAUGUUAGCCAGCAACACGAGACUUAUUAUUUAGAGAAGUAUUGUGAGCUUUACUUUGUUCUCAGCGGGUUAUGUAGCGUUAUGUGUUUUGAGCUGUUAUUCCGGCUACUUUUUAUUUAAGAUGGAAAAUGGACAUAUUGUUGAACUAAACGAGUACGCACAGAAACACAGCUAUGAACUGAAGUUUGAUGGAUCUGCGGCUGGCCCUGGUCAUAAUCCAACAUUCACCCAGUGGGUAGUCCUUAAUGGUAAAGUCUAUCCCAGUGGUGUGGGCAAGACCAAGAAAGAGGCCAAGAAUAAUGCUGCUAAAAAUGCCCUAGAAAGCUUCUACCCUGAUCAGGAAACGGCUGCAGAGGAGAAACACUGUACAUCAGGUCAACAGAAAGAUGAAAUAGAUCAAAUAGUGUUGGAUAUCAACAAGAGGUUCAGACGGCACAAAGCCAAACAAAGAGAAGGAGAGGCGGAUUUCAUCUCAAUGGUUGACCAGUACUGUAAGAAAACAAACCGCUGUCAUUCAUACAUUGAAGCGAGGAGAUGUGGUCCAUCUAAUUGCCCUCAAUUUUUCUACAAAUUAAUGAUAGACAAAAGGUUGUACCCUGAAGGUGAAGGUAAGACUGUAAAGGAAGCCAAACGAAACGCAGCUCGGCUAGCCUGGUCUGCUCUCCAAGAACAGUCCGACUGGGACAGCAAGGUCUCUAUCAACUCAACAGCGUCAGAAGAUUGUUCUUCACCCAUGUUGCCAUGCCAAUUAACUACACAGGAGUCCCAUGAAUCAUCAUCAGAGAGCAGGCCGAUGGACACAGGGAGCCCAAUAACGUUCCCCGAUACAUCAAACCCUUCCAGGGCUCAGAUUUCCUUUUCGCCAGCUGCUUCUGGAGACGGCGUGUUUGACAAGUUGUCAGCAACAAGUUCACUAGAGUCUCCUGCAUCGUCUCAAAGCCCGUCAACGGGCACAAGUAGCUCAGUAAUAUUCACAGAUUCAUCAAACUCUUCCAGGGAUCAGGAUGCUGACAAAGUCCAGAUUUCUGGAAAUAGUCAGAAUGAGACAUCCAUCCCGUCCAGGUUCACUACAGACUUUGAUCCCAUGGAGCUUCUUGGCCGUGGAGCGUUUGGUCGUGUUUACAAAGCAAGACAUAAAAUGCUGGAUAACGUGUAUUAUGCUGUAAAAGUUGUCCGUUGUGAAGAGAAAUCUCUUCGAGAAAUGGGGACGUUAUCAGAACUCCUUCACUGUAAUAUCGUCAGAUACUACACAUUUUGGGUGGAGGAUUCAGGAUACAGGGGCAAUCCUGAAUUAACGGACGGUGCAGCUGACAGCUCAACUAGUUACGGCUCUUCCCAGACGUCAAGUAAUUCAUCGGCAAAGUACUUCUAUAUUCAGAUGGAGUUAUGUGACACCAAAACACUAAAAGAUUGGAUCGUUGAGAAGAAUUGUGAGUCUCUCCCAAACUCCAAGAGAAGAGAAGAAGGUCAAAGCAUCGCUCAGCAAAUCGUUAGUGGAGUCGAAUAUAUUCACUCCAAGAAGCACAUCCACAGGGACCUUAAGCCUGAAAAUAUCUUGUUUGGACUUGAUGGAGAAGUGAAGAUUGGAGACUUUGGUCUGGUCACCCGAGAUGAUGAUGAUGGUGAUGCUGCCCUGAUGGAGAGAUCACGGGAAAAAGGAACGUACACUUACAUGGCUCCUGAACAAAGAGACAAGAAAUAUGACCGAAAAGUGGACAUAUUUGCUUUGGGGUUGAUUUACUUUGAAAUCCUCUGGAAACUCUCAACCUUCCACGAAAGAGUUGUGGUUUUGAAUGCCGCCAGAAGUCAGAAGCUCCCUGAAAAGUUUUCAGAGACUUUUCCCCAAGAGAACCAAAUCAUUAAACUGAUGCUCCAUGAGAAUCCCGAAGAACGACCUGAAGCAAGUGAACUGAAAGCAAAAAUGGAGAUUUGUGCUCUGAUAUAUAACACACAAAGUAUACAUCUGGCAAAUGAAACGGUUUGAUUAUCCAAAGGAAUUAUGAUACGUUUAUGGCAGAAAAUAGAAAUGCCUCUGUUCUAAUGUCACCAUCAUGAUUUUGGAGAGAAAUGGUUCUCGUACAAGUUCUGAGCACAAAGGUCUUCACAAGGCUCAACGUUUACUCCCUUAAACGCGCAACCAUGGCAACGAUUGGCAGUCUGAAACUCAAGGACUCGUCAACUUGAAGAAGGGAGAUCAAAAUAUUAACAAUUCAAACAAUGAACACACUAGAAAGCACACUUAGUAGUACAGGUUUUAAUAAUUGGGAAAUGAAUCAUGAAAUUAAGAUUAGGAUUUUAGAAUAUGACUUUUAUGCAAUAAUUAUGUGCAAUAAUUAUGUGGAUUUCUGUGUCUGCAGUUGACAUUUUUUUUUCGUUACUGAAAAUGGUUAAAAUGAUGUCACAUAGUAUCCCAUUGCAGCCUUGAUUGUGAAUGUGUAUGUUGAUAAUGGUUAGCCUGGAUGUACGUACUAUAUUUUAUAUUUAGACAGUACCGUUACUACACAAAAACCUGUGGAUGAGCAUUGUCUCCCGCCGUGGGAGAUAAUGCUCUUCCAAAGUUUUUUUUUUUUGCAUCCAUUUAUCAUCACAAAAAUAUUUUAUUAUAUUGUUUUAUUUCAACAAUACUGUUGGACAAAAUUUUGAGAUUUGAGAUAUUGAUGAAUUGGGUAUUGGUGACUCGUUCACAUUGAUGUUCAACUCCAAAAAAUAAAUAA